CCUCACAUUCCAUUUGUGUCCCAGGAUGAGUGGCAUGGGGGAGCAGCACCGGGCAGCCCAGAGGAGAUGGGUGAUGGGCAGACGGACUCUGCUAGCACUGCUGACCCUGGCAGGGCUCCUAGGGGAUGGACCCCAGGCAGGGAGUUGCCUGGCACAAUCUGUGUGCGGGCGCCAGGGCCCGAUGAAGCGAAUCGUGGGGGGCUCGGAGGCGCGGGACAGGGAGUGGCCCUGGCAGGUCAGCCUGAGACUCAACGGCACCCACCACUGCGGGGCGUCCCUCAUCUCCCCACAGUGGGUGCUGACGGCAGCUCACUGCUUCAGAAAGACCAGGAACCCUUCCCUUUUCUCAGUGCUACUUGGGACCCCCAAGCAGCUGCACCCCAGCCCCCAUGCUGUCAUAGCCUCCGUGGGGCAGAUUAUCCCCAACCCCCGCUACGGGGGCAAAAUCUCCAGUGGGGAUAUCGCCCUGGUCCGGCUAGAGAGGCCCGUGAACCUCACCGACCGCAUCGUCCCCAUCUGCCUCCCGGACGCCCAGGUCCAGUUCCUGCCAGAGACCAAGUGCUGGGUCACUGGCUGGGGGGAAGACAAAGAUGGAGCAGGGAACAGCAAAGCCCCCGAGAUGCUGCAGAAGCUCGAGGUGCCCAUCAUCGCCCAGGCAACGUGCAACACCCUCUACUGCAAGGGCAAAGGGCAGACCAUCCAGGAGGACAUGCUGUGUGCCGGGUACACCGAAGGGGGCAAGGACGCCUGUCAGGGUGAUUCCGGUGGUCCACUGGUGUGUAAAAUGGGACAGAGCUGGGUCCAGGCAGGCGUGGUGAGCUGGGGAGAAGGCUGUGCUCAAAAAAACCGCCCCGGCGUUUACGUCCGAGUCACCAGUUACCACGGCUGGCUCCAAGAGACCAUCCCAGACCUGGCGUUUGUCCAGGGCACCACGAACGGAACAGCCCACAGCUCCGUGGCUAACAGGAACCGCGAGAAAAAAUUCAAAGACGGCAGCUUCAGUCAUGCGCCCAUGGUGCUAGCCAACACCCUGCUUCUUGCGGCUUGUGCCCUACACCUCAUCUGAAAGCCAGGACUCCUGGGUUCUAUGUCUGCGAGAGCAGUGGGGUCUAGUGGGCUAGUGCACUGGAGGCUGGGAUCCAGGACUCCUGGGUUCUAUCCCUAGUUCUGUUCUUUCCUUGCUUGGUGCCUCAGUUUCCCCAUGUACAAUAGCAGUCUAAUUCCCCCUCUCCUCCCCUCCCCGGAAUUAUUCUAAGGUUUCUUUUCUUCUUGUUUGUAAAGCACUUUUGUAACCUGCAUUCAGGCACUGCAGAACCAUAAAUUAUUUAUUUA